AAUAACAAGCAGUGCCUUGCUGCUGCUACUGCUGCUGUGUGCGCUGUUCUCUGGUGUGUAUUCUCCUGCUCUGCUGCAAUGAAGCAACACUGCAGCCUUCACUGAGCUCUCUAAGACACCUACCAUGGCCACUGCCACCAGCAGUAAAAGCAGUAUCAAUGGGAUGAUAAUUGGAUCCAUGCAGUCUCCAGGCUCAUACAGUCUGGAUCACAUUAGAAGGCAGCAGCGCAUGGAUCCCCGCAGGAGACAGGCUGCCCUUUCCUUUCUCACCAACAUCUCCCUGGAUGGGCGACCUCUACAGGUUAAUGGGACAGCAAGGGAGGGAACUGCAUGUGCAGGAAGCAAGAUUCGACAGACUUCCCAGCUUGCAGAAAAGGAAUCCUUGCAUAAUUCAUCUCUUUAUACAUUACCUGCAAAUCAUCAUCAAAUACUUACACAACACAGCAAGAUGGGAUUGACCUCACCAUCAGGACCAUUAUCUUCUUCAGUUGGUGGGGGGCAGGAGAUGAUGGAACAUGAGAUGCAGGGGAAAAAACACCACUUAUGUGAGUAUGAUGAGGAAGAGGAGGAAGAUGCAUUUUCCAGCAGUGCUCCACUACCAGCAUCUACAGGUAUCUCUGUACCACUAUCUUGUGCGGGUAGCAGAGGCCGCCUGAACUCUCUUACCUCUGCUAUUCUACCAGCUGCUUUUUGUAGGACUUCUCCUGCCCCUGGUUUCAGCUGCAGUGACCAGAUACCAUGUGGAAGCAGCAGUGCCUUUGAAAUCCAGAGGUCACGACGACGACUGAUCUCUCAGCGGUCUUCACUGGAAACACUUGAAGACAUUGAAGAAAAUGCUCCUUUGCGGAGAUGUCGGACUCUGUCCGGUUCACCCAGACCAAAGAACUUUAAGAAGGUUCAUUUUAUUAAGAGCAUGAGACAGCACGACACAAGGAGUGGCAGAAUCGUCCUUUUAAGUGGGAGAAGAUCAUUUUGUAGCAUAUUCUCUGUGCUGCCAUAUCGAGACUGCGCACAUAUUGGGGACUUGAAACUGGAAGGUACGAGGCAGCGACAUUCCUCCGGUGGAAUGAAUACAAGGGAAAUGAUACUUGGCCUUGAAGGAGUUGAGCUUGGAGCUGAUGGGAAGACUGUAUCAUAUACACAGUUUUUGUAUCCAACCAAUGCCUUGGGAGCCCGCAGAAACACAAUAGACUCUACUUGCUCCUUUUCUCAGUUUCGGAAUGCAAGUCAUCGCAACCUGACUCUGGGAAGAGCCAACAGUAUCCAGGGGAGCAUUGAUACAGGUAGUGACAUAGGAGACUUUACAGAGUACGAUCCAAAUCUCUUGGAUGAUCCUCAAUGGCCAUGUGGCAAGCACAAACGGGUUUUAAUAUUCCCUUCCUAUAUGACCACUGUUCUUGAAUAUGUGAAACCAUCUGACCUCAAGAAGGAUAUGAAUGAAACUUUCAAGGAGAAGUUUCCUCAUAUUAAGCUGACUCUCAGUAAAAUAAGAAGCCUUAAACGAGAUAUUCGGAAGUUAGCCCAGGAUGAUUGUGGCUAUGAAGAACCCACAGUGGCCAUGGCAUUUGUAUAUUUCGAAAAGCUUGCAUUAAAGGGGAAGCUUAACAAGCAGAACAGAAAACUUUGUGCAGGAGCCUGUAUCCUGUUAGCCGCCAAAAUUGGGAGUGACCUUCGAAAACAUGAAGUUAAACACCUCAUUGAUAAACUGGAAGAAAAGUUUCGUCUAAACAGACGUGAGUUAAUGGCAUUUGAGUUCCCUAUCCUGGUUGCCUUGGAAUUUGCGCUUCACCUCCCAGAGCAUGAAGUUAUGCCCCAUUAUAGACGCUUGGUCCAAAGCUCCUAGCACAGGAUAAACUUCAGUCAUGUCUUCCUCUGGAACAAUAAAUGAGCUUAGAGAGUCACCGCUGCUA